CACGCACCGAUACUCACAAAAACAACACACCUCUAUUACAAAAGACCAACAAUCUUACUGCGCUUGCAUAACUCUAGCAAUAUCCCAUCAACAUUUUAUAUAAAAAAAGACACCUGUUCAUCUCUCGAGCCAAACCUUUUCAAUAUAAAGAUCCGACUUUAUAACAAAACAUUUUAAGCAACAGCAACAAGAAGAAAAAGAAAAAAAAAAAAAAGCAACUUAUCUCAUCAUGUUCAUGCUUUCCUGGAUUCGUUCGGACGCUCAGGCUUCCAAUGCUUCGAAUGCGGCUGUUGAAGUUGAUGCCUCUGAUGUUGUCACCGCUUCCGCAACCACCCAUUCGGAUUUGAGUGUUGAAAAGCAUCAAGAUGACUGGGUCUUCUUACCUUCGAACCAUAAUGACCUCAUGGAAUCCUCAGUCUCAGACCUGGAUCUACUUUCGGCGUCAAUGACGCUGUACAGGCCAGGGCCCUCAACCACUUCCAAGGGGCACCCUGCAUCGGCACGUCGGACACAGGCCGAGGCGGAGACUAUUUCAGCGUCUACAACGGAGACAUCGACAUCUGAAAGAGCAUUGACGGCAGCAACGUCAACAGCAAUGGGAGUAUCAGAAACAACACCGACUGUCAAGAAGAGCAAACGACAAUUGAAACAAGAGAGGCGGCAACAGCAGGCAUUAGAAGAAUUGGAGCGUCAGCCUCGAUAUGAUCCGAUAACUGCAAAGAAGAGAGAUCAAGAAUUCAAGAUGGCAAAGCUAGCCAAAAUGAGUAUGAGGAGCAAGGCGUAAAAACGAAACCUAAUAUGACACCAGCCAAAGCAUGCUUGUUUCAUCAUCUAAGAACGCGCCUCAUUUCUCUUUAACAGUAAUUGUUUGUAUUAUUGAUUAGUUUAUUACUCUUAAUCGUUUUUUUCUUUCCCUUUCC